CAAAAAAGUAGUUGCACAUAUACUACUUCCUCGUUAUAUUCCCCACAUUUUUACCUCUUGCCCUCAAACAAGAAAAACAGACAACAUCUCCUUUUAUUUUACCUUAUUGUUUUCUUGUUUACAAAAUCUUCCAACUCAUCAAUAAAAUACACCAUUACACUCAAAAACCAUUUUUUUCCUACACAUGCAUUCAUCUGGGCAUCUUUCUUGAUCCCUACAUUUUCUUGUUAACCGAACAAAAGACUGAAAAUUGCAACAUUUUUCAUUUGGGUUUCUAUCCCUUAGUUUUCAUACAUUGAACCUAGACAUGAUUUGAGAUUGUCACUUAAUUGGAUUCUUGAUCUGAAGGGUCCUUUUGAUUUUUCAAGUGUACUUUUCUGAUUUUGGAAUUCUUUUUUUGAUGCCCAGAAUUAAAGUACGAGGACCAUCGAUCGUGCGAACAAAAAGCUAGGUAUAUUUGGCUCUGCAUGGACUAUGAUAGGUACUAAUGUGCCAUUCCAUUAUCAGUGGCAUAAAGAAAUGCCGUACAAAGUGAGGUGAAUUAGCCCAUUCUAAUCUCAGAUGGGUCGAUCUAGCGUUGAGGCAAUAGAAACAAAAGAAAUGGACUACCGAAGUUUAUCAUCCUCAGAACACGAACAAGCACCAUAUAUGCACAAGGUUGGAGUCCCACCGAAACAGAACCUAUUCGAUGAAUUUAAGACUACUAUAAAGGAAACAUUGUUUUCAGAUGAUCCUCUACGUCCCUUUAAGGAUCAACCAAGGUCUCGGAAGUUUGUGCUUGGUUUGCAGGCUGUAUUUCCCAUAUUAGACUGGGGUAAAAGCUAUAAUGUUUCCAAGUUCAGAGGCGAUCUUAUUGCUGGUCUGACUAUUGCAAGUCUCUGCAUUCCUCAGGACAUUGGAUAUUCAAAGCUAGCAAACUUAGCUCCUCAGUAUGGACUCUACUCGAGUUUUGUUCCGCCUUUGGUUUAUGCCUUCAUGGGUAGCUCGAGAGAUAUAGCCAUAGGACCUGUUGCUGUUGUAUCACUCUUACUAGGGUCUCUGCUCAGCAAUGAAAUCGAUCCAACUACAAAUCCAAUCGAAUAUCGGAGGCUUGCAUUUACAGCUACUUUUUUUGCUGGCAUUACCCAAGCAACUCUUGGAAUCCUAAGAUUGGGAUUCUUAAUCGACUUCCUAUCACAUGCUGCUGUUGUUGGUUUCAUGGGUGGUGCGGCCAUUACAAUUGCCCUCCAGCAACUUAAAGGUUUUCUGGGCAUCAAGAAGUUUACUAAGGAAACUGAUAUCAUUUCGGUUAUGAAAUCAGUAUGGCGUUCAGCCCACCAUGGAUGGAACUGGCCGACAAUUCUCAUUGGAGCAACGUUUUUAACUUUCCUUCUGUUCGCAAAGUACAGCGGAAAGAAGAACAAAAAGCUCUUUUGGAUACCUGCAGUUGCUCCUCUGAUAUCUGUCAUUCUUUCCACCUUCUUUGUCUACAUAACACAUGCUGAAAAACAUGGAGUCGAGAUUGUGAGACACAUUGAGAAAGGAAUUAAUCCUCCUUCUGUCAGUGAAAUAUAUUUCACCGGUGAUUAUCUCUUAAAAGGGCUUAGGAUUGGUAUUGUAGCUGGCAUGAUAGCAUUGACGGAAGCUGUUGCAAUUGGAAGAACAUUUGCUUCAAUGAAGGACUAUCAGUUGGAUGGAAACAAAGAAAUGGUGGCACUUGGAACAAUGAACGUUGUUGGCUCAAUGACAUCGUGCUACGUGACAACAGGAUCCUUCUCUCGUUCAGCAGUAAAUUACAUGGCCGGCUGCCAAACUGCAGUUUCCAACAUUGUUAUGUCUUUUGUUGUGUUCCUGACGUUGUUGUUCAUAACCCCUCUUUUUGAGUACACUCCGAAUGCAAUUCUUUCUGCCAUUAUUAUCUCUGCUGUCAUUGGAUUAGUAGACUACGAAGCAACAAUUUUGAUUUGGAAGAUCGACAAAUUUGAUUUUGUUGCUUGCAUGGGAGCAUUUUUUGGUGUGGUUUUCGCCUCUGUUGAGAUUGGUCUUAUAAUUGCUGUCUCCAUAUCAUUUGCUAAGAUUCUCCUCCAAGUCACAAGGCCACGAACAGCUAUUCUUGGCAAGAUCCCUAGGACAAAUGUAUAUAGGAACAUUCAACAAUAUCCCGAAGCAACACAAGUUCCCGGUGUACUAAUUGUGAGAGUCGAUUCUGCUAUCUACUUUUCAAAUUCUAACUACAUGAGAGAGAGGAUAUUAAGAUGGCUAACGGAUGAGGACGAGCAACUAGAAUCCGUUGGCCUUCCUAAAAUUCGGUUCUUGAUUGUUGACAUGUCACCUGUGACUGACAUUGACACUAGCGGCAUCCAUGCCUUAGAAGAGUUGCACAGAAGCCUACAUAAGAGAGAAGUUCAGCUAGUUCUCUCGAAUCCUGGAAGAGUAGUGAUUGACAAGCUGCAUGCAUCUAAUUUUGUGAGUCAAAUCGGUGAGGACAAGAUCUUUCUCACUGUAGCAGAUGCUGUGCUGACCUGUUCCUCAAAGUCCCCUGAAGAAGUAGUCUAAUUGUAAAUGUAAUACAACCAUGCAAACUCACCUAUGCUUGGACAUCCAGACAUACCCGAGAGAAGUAGUCUAACAUCGACUCGGAGAAAGAAAAAUCAGCCAGACAUAGCCGACAGAACGAACUUGCAUAUACUAUUAAUGUAGAGUGAAUAAAUUAAAAGAGGAACCUUGGGAAAGUGAUGGCAUUGGAAUUUAGUAGCAGAAAAUGAUUCAUAAGCUAGCCAAUUGUGCUUAUAAUGCUGUUGUUGGGCUGUUAAAGUUGUUUGUAUGUUAGCUUUGUUAGCUACCUUUUGGAUUGUAUAGUUCAAAACUCUCUUCUCAAUGAGGGUUUGCUGAAAUUAAGCAGUGUUGAACUUACCAGGAAUGCAUGUGAUUCCAGUAUACCAUUCACCAAGGUUAUAAAGAGGUAUAUGUGUGUGUGCGUGUAUAUCAAUGAAUCAAUUAAUUAACUGUGGCUCAA